ACCACAUGACCGUCACAUUACACACCAAAAGAAGAUAAAAACGAUAGACUGGAAUAAAGACUGUUAUCAUAGCGAACCGCUGUACAUAUUUCCUUUACAAGUAGAUCGGAAAGAUGAUGAAACUAUUAUUGGUAGCCGUUUUGGUUGUAGUGACAACUGCACGUUUGACCCAACCAGAACUGGACCAAGAAUGGGAGGCCUACAAACAACAACAUAAAAAGACCUACGAAGGCGAGGAAGAGGCCCGAAGACGUGUUACCUGGGAACAGCAUCUCAACUUUAUUGAGAAACACAACUUGGAGGCAGACAGAGGACAGCAUACCUUCUGGGUUGGAAUGAACGAAUACGGAGAUAUGAGCAACGCAGAAUUCAAUAGAGUAAUGAAUGGUUACAAGCUGGACGAGAAGAGGAAGAGUGGCUCAACAUACUUACCUCCAUCUAACGUCGGCGAUCCACCAACCUCUGUUGACUGGAGAACCAAAGGUUACGUCACAGGAAUUAAAAAUCAGGGACAAUGUGGUUCAUGCUGGUCUUUCAGUGCUACUGGAUCUCUGGAGGGACAAUGGUUCAAGAAGACCGGAAAAUUGACAUCUCUCUCUGAGCAAAACUUGGUAGACUGUUCAACAAAACAGGGAAACCAUGGAUGUGAAGGAGGUUUGAUGGAUCUGGCCUUCACCUACAUUAAGACAAACAAUGGAAUUGAUACCGAGGCUUCAUACCCAUAUACUGCUAAGAAUGGAAAAUGUAACUUCAACGCAGCCAAUGUUGGUGCCAACGAUACUGGAUUUGUUGACAUCAAGACAAAAAGUGAGGACGAUUUGAUGUCCGCUGUAGCUACACAGGGCCCAAUCGCCGUAGCCAUCGACGCUAGCCAUACUAGUUUCCAGCUUUACAAGACUGGUGUAUACCAUGAAUGGUUCUGUAGUCAGACCAGACUUGACCAUGGUGUUUUAGCUGUCGGUUACGGAACAGAUAACGGAAAGGACUUUUGGAUUGUAAAGAAUAGCUGGGGAGAAUCAUGGGGACAGAAAGGUUAUAUCCAAAUGUCCAGGAAUAGACGCAACAACUGUGGUAUCUCAACAUCAGCCAGUUAUCCCACUGUCUAAUGUAUGAACUGUCUUACUGUGUAAUCACCAAUAAUAAUUUGUAAUAAAAUACUUUGAAAUAGUA